AUGAGUCGUCUCUUCUCGUUUGACCGAGAAGAGAAAGGCUUUCCUCCAGAGGGCGACCAUGUCUCCCACAUCCCCCCUGUGCAACCUUUCUCUGGUUCAGGUUCAGCUCAUUAUGACCAACCCCAACAGCCACCGCCCUCGUUGCCUAUGGACGAGCGAGAUCGAAUCAGUCAGCUAUACCAUGUUCAACCACAUAACCUUGUUCCGGCAAACAACAAACUCCUCGUCUUCCGCUCAUUGACUGGUAUAGACCAGGUUCCUGUCCUCUCCAAAGAUGGAUUCUUCUCUCCCAGAAACGCUCCCAAUGUCGGCAUCUACACGCGAGUUGUGCAGGCCGAGAAAGAUGCUGCGUCUCGCUACCGACUCUUCAAUACAUUGAUUAACACGUGUUUGGCUAUUCAGAUAGUGUUUUCGGCUGCACUGACAGCCAUCGGCGCUGCGUCUGGUCCACAUAGUGCAGUGACGGCGUUCGGCGCUAUCAACACUAUUGUGGCUGGGAUUUUGACCUAUCUAAGAGGGUCUGGACUUCCAAACAGGGAAAAGAACGUUGAAAAGGCAUGGGGCCGGAUACGCGAGUACAUUGAACAGCGGGAACGUGAAUUCUGUCUGGAGAAUUGUAUGUUGAGUGUUGAGGACGAAAUCCAUAACAUCGAACGUAUGUACGAGGAGGUCCGCACUCAGAUGGAGGUCGGUGCUUCGGAUUCUGGUGGUUCCAGAGGCUUGGAGAGACUUACGUCUCUAAGGCCGAGGGGCAACUUGUUCUCUGAGGCAAAGGGUAUGGCUCAUACGGGCCUUGAAACUGUGCGAGGCGCUAUUUCCGGUCAUGAGGCUCAGACCGAGCAUCAUUUUCGCGAUGAGUUGCACAACAUUGGAACCCGUUUCCGAAACGCCAGCAAUCAGAUUAGAGAUACCGGUGACUAUAUCAGGGACACAACGGAUGGUAUUCGGCACACUGGAGAAGAUCUACGGCAGACUGGUGAACGGAUUCGACAGACGGGAGAAAACCUGCGAGACACAGAGGUGCAUCUUUCAAUGAAUGUGCCACCUCUGUCGAAGCAAACCCAAACUGAUCAGCUAAGCAGCACGCCAGAAAAACACUUGAACUAG